UUGGCAUUACAAAGUCGAAACUCGAAGUACGAGAAAUAAAAAUUUCUAUUUUGAUUCUAAAAAUUUUCUCACAUAAAAUAUAUAGGUACCUUCUAUCAACAUGAGUAUUUUCAAUUGGAUUAAUAAAAUAUUUAACAUUGAUACAAAACCCAAUUCAGAUCUUCCUUCACAAUUUCAACUACCUAUCGAAAGUGCUGAAAAUAUUAAUGCCGAAAUACAUAAUUUAGAAUUUGAUGAUUUUUCUGAUUCAUUCAAUAGAAGAAACCAAUUUGAAAAUGAUAGGAAUAUGUUUAAUCUUGAAGAUAUCUUUAGACUGAUGGAAUUAGAAUUUCAAAAUGUACAAAAUCAUAUUAAAGGUUCAGAUAUUUCUACAAUUCCAAUUAGUCAAUCAACAAACAAAGAAGACUUAACUGGUAUACCAAAAAAAAAUUUUAUAGCACAAAGUACCUUUCUUAAUCCUAGUCCAGCUUCAAGACCUUUGAACAAACCAUCAAUGAACAUAACAAUAAAGAAUUCAGGAUCACAAUAUUUUGAAAAGUACGGCUGGUCGUCUUCGAGGUCGUCUUAUGUAUCUAAAAACUGGAAUGGCAGAAUAAUUGAAAAAGAAACAUGCACCAAUCAAUUAAAAGAUGGAAUUACUGAAACAGUUAUUACUAUGAAAGAUGGAAACAAAAAAUGCGUAGAAACAAUAACAGAAAAUUCAAAAACUGGAGAAAAAAUUGAAAAUUUACAAUUAUCCAACUUGGACCAAAAUGAAAUGAAUGAAUUGAAAAACCAAUUUUCAAAAUUCUAAUUGCGUGAAAAAUUUCUGAUGGACGGACACAAAAAUCUAGUGAUUUUCAAAACAGAAUUGAAUCUUUGAUUUGGGAAAAAUAUUAUUAUGUUAUUAACAUAUAGUUAAAUAAAUUACUAUAAUACUAUAA